AACGACGACUCAUUUAUAUGGUGACUUCUUUAUAUACAGUACCAACAGCCACCCCUAGUACCGGUAACGAUCUAACACAUGGCGUAACAUGUAGUCUGUGGCUAACUAGCCUAAAGAUCUGGGUACAUACAUAGCAUCUCAAUUAGCGUGUUCGUCAAAUGAAGCCGGAAUGAGGCUCCUCCCGGAUCUGAGCUAGGAUGACACGGGCCUGUUCACAGACCAAGGACUCGGACCUGCUGAAGCUGUGGUUUUGGCUCGAAGACAAGACGAGCGCUAUUCCUGUGUAUUAAGACUCGGUUUGCUUUAUUUUUAUUCGGCCUCGAGAAUCCCAUUGUUCACGGUGACUGUAAACCUGCCAGACCGCAGCAACUUCGUUGAGCUGCAAAGCAGCCAUAGCCAUGUCAUUCCUCAACACCAGCGCAACCCUCACCCAGGCAACGCCCAUUCCGUUGCCGCCGAGUCGCAAAGCGGCUGCCGUCGCCCGCCUACAUGACCAUGACUUCUUUCUGAACACGGACCCGCACAUCACGGGCUACUCGCCCGUUGCCGCGGCCGAUCCGGAGCCCACGUACGAGUCCUAUAAGAUUCCUUCCAGCGUCUCUGAGAAGGCGACCGAAAAGAAGGUGAGGAUCUACGAUGUUCAGGACCACGUCCCGAACCCAGUGUAUAGUAGCAAUAUAACGAGUCGCGAGGAGCUGGUUAACUGCACUGAAGGACUCUGGGUCAGGAUCAGGAGUCCCAUGGCCGUGGUCAUGGAGACCACAUGGUUCGUGAGGGAAAAGGGCGAGGAAAUGGAGCUGGUGGAGCAGUGCUGGGUGAGCUGCAAUCGCAUGCUGAUGGGGAUUGUCAAGAGUAGUAUUGAAAAUAAUUGGAGGAAGAUUCACGAGGAAAUUGUGAAUAGGAUAGUGGAAGAUGCGAAGGCUGAUGGACAGAGCUAGAGCAAAAUAGUGUGCUGUGUUGAUUGGUGUGAACGUAGGUUUCCACAAUCACUGCAAAGGCAAUGUGCCAAAGACGAUGAACUCAUAUAUGUGUAGGCAUGAAUCGUCCUCGUUUCCAAUACUCGC